GUCUUCUGUGUCGUGGCGAUCCGAACGGGUUCUCAGACUCGGGAGCACAGUACGGAACGGAGACCAACGGCAGCAUGCUGUACAAUACUAAUGCUGCAUAUUCGACAUCUUAUAAGCAGUAACCUGAAGCGAGGUCGACUUGUUGGCAUAAAUUAGUAUGAAUGCUUUUCAGGCGACUCAAGCUGAUGCGUUCUUGAGGUUGGGUUAUCCUUAUGUUGCACUAACAGCGCUGUGGUUAUAUGACUACAUACUGUCCAUACCCGACGCGGUUGAGUUUAUCGUCGAGUCUCGAUGGGGGCUCGGGAUGUUUUUCUAUCUCGCUUGCAGUCACUUGCCCUUUGCCUUCGUGUCACUGAAUAUGCUCAUGGUUUUUCAACCUGAUGCCCCACUCCCUCUUUGUCGCUCUUAUGGUAUCGCCAAUGUCUAUAUAGGGUUUCUAUUGAUGUUCUUCGUUGAGUCUAUUUUCAUACUCAGGGCAUAUGCAGUAUGGGAACGGGAGAGGUGGCACGCCAUAUUCGCAAUCGUCAAUGUCAUUGCCUAUCUAGUACCAACUAUCAUUUGCCUUUGGGAAUUUGACUCGUCAGUCUCUGGGGAAUGCUGGAUUCCUGGCAUUUUUGGAUAUCUAGAUAUGAAGACGAGCUCGACAGUAUAUGCGCUUUACUGCUUGCUCGCUGUUAUUGAGCUACAAAUAUUGUUUCUUCUGUACUAUCGCGCCAUCAAGAGUCAUGGUGGCCGGGAGAUCGACAACCGUCUCAUGCGUGGUCUCAUGCAACACAAUCUGCUGUAUUUCGGCUGCAGCUUUGCUUUUACUCUCAGUGUCGUUCUCACAACAAUCUUUACUCCGUUUCCAUUUGCACACACGGUGGCAAACUAUCAAGUCAUUGUGCAAGCCGUCUUAGUCACGCAAAUGCAUAGGGACUUCUGGAGGUUGAACCGUGCUUCUUGUGGCACCUACACGGAUGUUUCUUUCACGACGUGGAUGGCAGCAGUCCCAGAUAUUAUAUGACAACAAUACUACUUGGAACAUGCCAACCCUUAAAAUUACGUGACCAUUGGGCAGUCUCUUAUACGGGCAAGGCUAAGAAAUGGAUGACGCAAAUUCGCUGGAAGUCAACCCAUCAAUCACAGCAUAUUUAGUUUCUUCUUCUGUUCUCUCCCUGACUAUUUUAUAUAUUUAUCCCGUUCA